UGCACCUGAUGGUUCUAAACCCGUGCGUCGACACCUCCGAGCCCUGUCCCCUGACGGGGACCCAGAGCUGGCACUCUGCUCUGGCCGCCUUCUACUCAGCCACUGGCAACCUGGCUCACAUAGUCAUGGCUGUCCAGUUUCCGGGCAGCGCAAACUGGACAGAGGCUCACGUCAACGCCCUGGUCGAGAAGGCUCGCUUCGUGCGCUGGGCCAAGCUGAGGGGCGUGGCGAUCAAGGGAGACUGGACGGCAAACACGUCUGCGCCAUUGCUUCAGGCGCUCACUGACUACGAGGCGCCCCGAAACGACUUUCUCGACUGGCCUGCUAAGUCCAAGCCAUGAACGCGCACGCGCGGCCGUUUGACUGUGUGCGCUGGCAUGCCAUGUGACACGAGACGCAAUAUGGUGUUCAACGCGGGCUACACG